UAGCGUUCAAGUUGAAAUUGUAUUCAGAAUAUUGAAUUUAGAAUAUAAAAUUGUGCUAGAAUGAGUUUUGCGAAUAAAGUAAUUCUAAUCACUGGCGCCAGUUCCGGCAUUGGAGCCCAUGCUGCCUUACAUUUGGCGCAAAAAGGUGCCAGUGUUUCAUUGGUCGGUAGAAAUGAGAAGCGAUUAAAAGCAGUUGCUGAGGAAAUUAUCAAAGCGGGAUGUCCAACACCACUUGAAAUCGUUGCUGAUGUGACUAAAGAUGCUGAACGCAUUAUAAAUGAAACAAUUAAGCAUUUCGGUAAAUUGGACGUGUUAGUGAAUAAUGCCGGAGUUUUGGGUGCCGAUUCUGUUGUCAAUUUUGAUGUCAACGAAUUUGAUCGUAUUAUGUCAACCAAUUUACGAGGGAUAAUCGUUCUGAGUAAUUUGGCCAUUCCGCAUCUUGAAAAGACUAGAGGCAAUAUCGUGAAUAACUCUAGUAUUAGUGGCAUGAGAGCUCUUGACUCUUUCAUGUCAUACAGUAUAUCGAAGGCUGCACUCGAUCAAUUCACCAAAUGUGCAGCGUUGACAUUGGCGCCGAAAAACAUUCGUGUCAAUAGUCUCAAUGCAGGGAUUGUUAAAACACCGUUUUUUGAAGCUAUCGGAAUCAACAAGUCGAACGAAACUCAAUUUUAUGAAGAAAUUAAAAAAGACUAUUUGGUCGGCAGAGUUGGCGAACUAUCGGAUACCUCUUCUGCCAUAGCUUACUUGGCUUCAGAGUCGUUCGUAAAUGGAACAUGUCUUCUUGUGGACGGCGGAAGAAUUACAAGUGGACUGGAAAGCAGAUCGUCAAACUAAAAAUCGAUGAAACUGAUUUAAAGUCAUUCAUACUUUCGACUAUCGUCAAAACUAUUAAAACCACAUGAAAAAGUUUUUUUUUUUAUUGAUGAAUUG